AUGCGAGCCUUCCUAAGGAGCUCAGAGGAGUGUUUUCAGCUGAAACCACACACCACGACCAUCGGCCGGCACCAAGGGUCUGACAUCGUCCUGCAGUCCGCAGGAGUAGCUGAGCAUCACGCAGCCCUCGAAUUCACUGCCUCGGACAACAGCUUCUGCCUUCAGGACCUCAACUCCCCUCACGGCACCUUCAUCAACGGCUGCCAGGUCCAAAACGCGGCCGUCAGAGUGAGUCCAGGCGAUGUCCUGCGCUUUGGCAAAGGGGGAGCAGCCUUCGAGCUGGUGGUGGAUGGGGCUGCCCAGGGCGAGAAGGAGGAAAUGGGUCACCUCUCUGGUUUGGAAACAGCAUCGAAGCAGAAAGAUGCAGCGAUAAGAGAUCUGCAGGAGGAGAUUGCAGUGAUGGCAAAGACCUUGGCUCAGGUGGCAGCGAGGAAUGAGGUGGAGCUGACCCAGAAGCUGCUCGCCUUUGACCAAGAGCUGGAAGCCAAAGCAGAGCUGAUCAGAGCCUUGAGGGAACAGAUCAGCAACCUGGAGAAGGGCUCAAGCCAGGUUUUCAGCCAUUCCCUCUAUGAAAGAGACCUGGAGAUUGGGAGGCUACGGAAAGAAAGCGAGAAGUUGAAGCGGGACCACGCUUUGGCUACAGGUCUAGUGACCAGCCUGCAGAGGGAGGUUGCCGGGAAGGAGCAGAAAAUCCAGCAACUCCAGCAAGAGGUUGAGAAAGUGCAGAAGGAGAACAGAUGCUCUAGAAUCCGAGCGGAAAUGAAGCAGGAACUUGGAAAGCAGGAAGUAGCGGCAUACCGGAAUCGCAUCAAGGAGCUGGAACACAACCUGGAGAGGCUGCAGGGGGAAAUCCAGAAGUAUUGCAGUGAGCAGGAGAGCAUCCGAAGCCAGCUGGCUGAGAAAGCCAAGGCUGAGGAGGAGCUGAGGGAAGCUGGAGCCAGACAAGCUCUGCAGCUGCAGGAGAUGGGGCGCAGGGAGCGCCUGCUGCGAGCCGACCUGGCGCGGGCCAAGCAGCAGCUGGAGUCCUUCAAGACCCAAGUGGUGCGAGUCUGCUCCCCAGCAGCAGCAGGCAGCGCAGGGAAAGCCUCCACAGAGCAGCAGGUGAUAGAGAAGGUCAGGCAGAUCUAUGAUGAGAGCCAAGAGAGUCAUGAGAGAGAGAAGUGUCUGCAGCAGGAAAUAAGCUCCAGGCUUGCAAAGGAAAAGGAAGUGUCUGCAAAUGCUGAGGUGUUCAGCAAGACCCUGCAGGAGCUCCAGGCUUGCCUGAGCAGCUCCUGCAGCAGCGCCAGCCUGCGCGGGGAGCUGGGGAAGCUGGAAGCAGCGCGCCUGGAUCCCUCCAUCUCCACCAUCGGGGUGGCAGCAGUGGAAGUGGCACGUGUGCUCCUGUGCUGGCUGGAGGGAGCAGAGCAGCUCCUGGCUGGCGCGGGGAUGGACCUGCACAAAGGGCUGUUGGCUGCUCUCGGGACAUUGGUGGAAACCAGUCAGGAAACUGCCCGGAGGAAUCGGACAUUACAGGCACAAUUAGAGGAGGCCCAGGAGUCACAGGCAGCUUUGCUGCAGGAGCACACGAAGGAGCUGGAAGCGAAACAUGAGCAAGAUCUGCAGCUAAAAAUCAAGCACAUUCUGCUGGAGAAGGACGAGGAGAGCAAAGAGCUCCUGGAGAGUGCUGUUGCCGAGGAGAAGAGCAAGUGCAGGCAAGCCCUGGAGGAGGAGCAGAAGAAGAUCCAAGACCUGCAGAGCCGCCUGAGGAGCAUGGCUGAGGCUAUAGAAAGGAAGUCAAAGGAGCAGGAGGUUGCUGACUGCAAGCUGCAAGAAGCUGUGCAGAAGCUGGAGGAAACCACAGUGCGAGAGAUGCUCUUACAGCAGCGAGUGCUGGCGCAAGACGAGCAGCUCAGGACCACUCAGGAGGAGAAUGAGUUACAGAGGCAGAAACUGCAGGAAGAAAUAGAGGGAUAUAAAGAGCAGAGCAAGCAGCACGCACUGACAGUUGUGGCUUUAGAGGAGAGGUUGCUGGAGGCCAAGGAGCAGCAGAAGACACUGGAGGAGGAACACACAGCACUUGUGGAUAAAAUGAAAGGAUUUCGGGGCGACACUUGCCAGGCACCCUCAGAGGCUUGGCUGGAGGCUUGUCCUGCUGCAGAGUCGCACGGCUGCCUGCGGAAGCUCAGGGAGGAGCUGGUCGUGGCACAGAACACGCUGCUGUCCAAGGAGGCUGCCAUCACUGUGCUAACCAAAGAGCUUGGGGAAACCAGAGCCAGGCUGACAGACGUGAGAGGGGAGCUGAGUGAGGAGCGGAAGGUGGAACUGGAGCAGAACCUGAGCCGGCUGAAACACCAAGAACAGGAACUGAACCUGCUGCGAGAGAAGCUAUUCGGGAUGUCCAGCCUGGUGGAGAAGAAAGAUCAAGCCCUGAAAGCAGCCACCGAGGAGUUAAGACAAGCCCAAGCCCAGUGCCAGGAGCUGAAGGAUGCCCACGAAAUGGCAGAGAAGCCAGAGGCUGCUCCUGGGACACCAGCACAGGCGGGAGAAGCUUCUGAGCAGAUCAGUGUGAGCGAGAACCGGCUGCUCUGCCUCUUCCAGGAGCCAGCGCUGGACUUGGCCGACCUCGGCGUGAGAUGCCGAGGCCUCAGACAUGAGGAGACGAUCCAGCGCCAGAGGGAAGGCUUGGCCGAUCUCCGGGAGAGGGUGAAGGUGCUGGAGAAGAGGCAGUCCUCAGCUGCCAUGGUGAAGGGUUCAGGGCCACUGGUGGUCCUGACAAGAGACUUAGCAGAGGAAAUAGUCCAGAGACCAGGUCAUGAGAAGGAACCUGCACCCAUGUCAGGACCAAAUCUGAAGGCCAGCAAGGUUCCUGGCUGCUUUGCUAAUGCGGGCUCACACGGGGCAGCGAGGUGGGAGAUGGGCGACACGACAGACUUUGGUGAGAAGAUGUACCUGGAUGCAAUCAGUGCCUUGGGAAGCCUGAUGAAGGUGAAGGAGCUGCUAAACCAGGCAUCCCUGAAGAGGUGCCAGGAGGAGGUGUCCAAGCUAGAAGAGGAAGCCUACAGGGAGGCAGAAGAGAAGGCGCUGCUGCAGGAGGCUCUGGAGAGGACACAGCUCCAGUUGAACCAGGAGAAGAGGCUGCAGCGAGCAGCCAAGCUGCACAAGGGAAGACCACGGGAGCAGCCUGGAACCAAGAAGCCUUUCUGCUCAGGCAAGCUGAAGGCCAAAGAGCACACAGCAGAAGCUGUCAAGAUGGGAAGUGCAUAG